AUGGUUGCGCCUGUUGACCCCAACGACCGCGUGGUCCUCGGCAUCACGUUUGGCAACUCCAACAGUUCCAUUGCCUACACCGUCGACGACAAGGCGGAAGUCAUUGCCAACGAGGACGGCGACCGUCAAAUCCCCACCGUCCUCUCCUACGUCGACGGCGACGAGUACUACGGCGCCCAGGCCAAGGCGUUCCUCGUCCGCAACCCAGACAAUACCAUUGCCUACUUCCGCGAUUUCCUCGGAAAGGACUUCAAGUCGAUCGACCCCACGCAUUGCCACGCUGCCGCCCACCCCCAUGACACUUCCGGGCACGUAUCCUUCAAGGUGCAGGACCAGCCUGGCCCCUCCGACUCCGACUCUGACUCCGCUCCUGCUGCCUCCGCCGCUGCCUCCGCCGCCGCCUCCGCCGCCGCCUCCGUCGCCGCCUCCGUCGCACCCUCCACCGUCUCCAUUGACGAGACGGCCACGCGCUUCCUCCGCCGCCUGGUCACGUCCGCCUCCGACUACCUCGGCAAGCGCGUCACAUCGGCCGUCAUCACCGUGCCGACCAACUUCUCCGACGCCCAGCGCGCUGCUCUCCUCAGCGCCGCCGACGCCGCCGGCCUCGAGGUGCUGCAGCUCAUCGCGGACCCCGUCGCGGCCGUGCUGGCCUACGACGCGCGCGCCGACGCUGGCGUCGACAAUGUCGCUGACAAGCUCGUCGUCGUCGCCGACCUCGGCGGCACCCGCUCCGACGUGACCGUCAUCGCCUCGCGCGGCGGCAUGUACACCAUCCUCGCCACCGUGCACGACUACGAAUUCGCCGGCGUGCACCUCGACAACGCCCUCAUGGACCACUUUGCCAAGGAGUUCCUCAAGAAGCACCCCACCGUCGCCGACCCGCGCGCCAACCCCCGCUCCCUCGCCAAGCUGCGGCUCGAGGCCGAGGCCGCCAAGAAGGCGCUCUCGCUCGGCACAAACGCCCAGUUCUCCGUCGAGUCUCUCGCCGACGGCGUUGACUUUUCCUGCACCAUUAACCGCGUGCGCUACGAAAUGGUCGCCCGCAAGGUCCUCGACGGCUUCACCCGGCUCGUCGAGGGCGCCGUCAAAAAGGCCAGCCUCGACGUGCUCGACGUCGACGAGGUCGUGCUGUGCGGCGGCACCGCGCACACCCCGCGCGUCGCCACCAACCUCGCCGCCCUCUUCCCCGAAUCCACGGCCGUGCUCGCGCCGGCCACCAGCGCCGCCGCCAUCAACCCCUCGGAGCUCCAGGCCCGCGGAGCCGCGCUCCAGGCCUCGCUCAUCCAGGAGUACGAGGCCGCCGACAUUGAGCAGUCGACCCACGCUGCCGUAACCACCGUCAAGCACAUUACCAACGCCAUUGGUGUCGUCACCGUCGGUGCCGAUGGCGUCGAGACGUUUACCCCCGUCAUGCAGGCCGAGACGGCCGUGCCCGCGCGCCGCACCGUCCAGGUCAAGGCGCCCAAGGCUGGCGGCGACGUCCUCGUCAAGGUCGUCGAGGGCGGCACCCACAUCAAGGUCACCAAGGCCGAGCCCAAGCCGGCCCAAAACGGCGACGAUGAGGAGGACUCGGAUGCGGACAGCGACGAAGAGGACGAGGAGCAUCGCGAGAAGCUCUGGAAGAUUGGCUCGCCGCUUGCCGAGGCCGCCGUCAAGGCCGUCAAGGCCGGCGCCAAGGUCGAGGUCACCAUCAACGUCCUCGGCGACCUCAGCGUCACCAUUACCGCCCGCGAGGUCGGCGGCAAGGGUGGUGUUCGCGGCUCCCUUGCUGCGUAG